AUGGAUCUUGUUUACGAACAAUAUGCUGGCUCUAAAUCCAAUAAUGAGUCUCAAGAAACAUUAAAAGCAACCUCUGAUGAUCGAUCAAAUACAAUUAAUCAAAAAACUGAGAAAUCCUUUGAAGAGCUUGAAGAUGGAAUUGCAAACACUUAUAAUGUCAUCGAGUCGAAAGCUUCAACAUGGGGAGCGUCUUUCGGAUCUCUAGUUAGUAAUCUCAAAAUCAAUGAUUAUUUAAAUGAAACUAAAAAACAUGUUGAAAAUUUACACCUAAAUGAUAAAUUGAAUUUAACAAAGUCCACAGUUACCAAAAAAUUCAGUGAAGUACAAAAAAGAGUGGUGAAUGAGGAAAGCUUUGAAAAAUCACAGAACAUGUGGUCUUUAUUAUCAACAAAAACAAACACAUAUCUUGAUGAAUUGGAUAAGGAAUUAGAACAAGUCGAAACAUUCGCCGGGUCUUACGUUAACAAAUUUGGACAAUUUAUUAAAGAUUCGAUUGUUGUUGCUCCACCUGAGGACAGAGAUGAAUUGAUUGAUGAUGACGAAGGAAAUUUGCUGUUCAAUGUCACUGGUAGCGGAAAAUCCAAACCUCAGAAGGUCACCUCCACAAGAACAGAAGCUCAGCUUUAUGCCUUACAUACUUCUCCAGAAUUAUUUUUAACAACUGCAAAUGACCAAUCCUUUGAGCUAUUUAAAAAAGAAUUUAAUCUAAAUUCUAAGACUGAAGAUAUAUCAAAAUUGUUAAAACAAAACAAUGAUCUAAAGAAAUUAUCCACUACAAUUGUUCCUGAAAAGUCUACUUAUGAAGAAUUUUGGACGAGAUAUUACUACUUAUUUGAUAAAAUAUUGAAGGAUGAAACAAAUCGCAAAAAAUUGCUCAACAAAGAAGUUCAGCCAAAUGAUUCAAAAACUAAAAAUUUACAAUGGAGCGAUGAUGAAGACGAUGAAGACAAUGAAAAUAAUACUGCUAGUUCUUCCAAAAAUGAUAAAUCAACAACAUCAAGUGAAGGUACUUAUGAACUGAAAUCUGUUAACUCUUCCACUCUUGAUGUAUCCAAAGAACAUAAGGUUUCAAGUCAAAAAGAAAACGAAAAAGAAUCGAAUUCUAAAAUCAAUGAUGAUAACAUUGCGGAUGAAGAAGAGGAAGAUGAUGAUUGGGAGUGA